AUGGAUUACGACUUCUCAAACAAAGUGGUGCUAGUAACUGGCGCGAGUGCCGGUAUAGGUGAGGCUAUAGCUCUCCUGUUCGCUAAACUUGGCGCGAAGCUGUCGCUGGUGGGAAGAAAUGAAGCCAACUUGCGAGCAGUCGCGGCCGAGUGUGAGAAGCAGAAGGGCGUGAAGCCGCUGGCGAUCGUCGCCGACCUGGGGACUGAUGAGGGGGUCCAGAAGACUGCUAAGGAGACUCUUGACCAUUUUAAAAGAUUGGAUGUCCUCGUUAACAAUGCCGCCAUUGGUGUCGCCACAUAUAUCCUGCACGACACAGACAUGCAGUUGUUCGACGAUGUGUUCAGGAUUAACGUGAGAGGAGUGUACCAGCUUACCAAGUUAUUGGCGCCUGCCCUCAUUGAGACCAAAGGCAACAUUGUCAACAUCUCCAGCGUCGUAGCGACUAUGGUGUCUGUCGGUAGCCUGCCGUAUGGCAUGACGAAGGCUGCACUGGAUCACUUCACCCGUUUGGUGUCCCUCGAGCUGGCCCCCAAGGGAGUUAGAGUUAAUUCAAUUAGUCCUGGUAUCACUGUAUCAGAAUUCGUGAAACGAGUUACUGGUUUCUCACAGGACCAAUAUUUGGAGUUUUUGAAAACAUUUAGUAAGAAGAUCCCCAUGGGAGAGCCUUGUGUGGGAGAUGACAUAGCUCGCAUGGUCGUGCACAUCGCCAGUGACCACAGCAGACUGGUCACAGGAACUGUUGUGGAGAUAGACGGAGCCUACAGGUUCAGCGGUCCAACACCACAAUCAGCACUUCAGAAGAAAUGA